UAUGCGGCGAAGUGAGUUUGUCCGUGGUGCGAGCUCAUCACGUCUUCUCGCAUUCUUUCUAAAUGCUCCAUAGCUAUUUAUUGCUGUGUUUUUAAGAAUCCUCAGAGUACUGGCUGAUGAAAGUUGGUGUUUUGGCAGUUGAGCCCAAGCGGGAACAAUGGGGCCAUAAGGCCGAGUUCAUCUUGUCGUGUGUGGGAUACGCCGUGGGCCUCGGGAACAUCUGGCGCUUUCCGUACUUGUGUUUUAAAAACGGCGGAGCCUCGUUUCUCAUCCCCUAUGGCUCAAUGCUGUUAUUUUGCGGUAUUCCCAUCUUCUAUAUGGAGCUUGCCCUGGGCCAGUUCCUUCGCAAGGGGGCCAGCAAGGCCUGGGCGUCGGUCUGUCCGGCCGCGGCAGGCAUAGGCGUGGCUAUGAUGAUGGUGUCCGGGUUCAUCUCCAUCUACUAUAAUGUGAUUAUAGCCUGGAGUCUGCUGUAUCUUUGGAAUAGUCUGGCCAAAGAGAUUCCGUUCAAGCAUUGUAAAAACCCUUGGAAUACGCUAUUGUGCCGAGAUGCUGAUACAAACGUGACUUGCGCCUCUCUGGGGCUGGACAGAAACUGCACCCUUCACUUUACCACACCCAGCGAGGAGUUCUGGACGAAUAAGAUUCUUCACUCGUCGUCAGGUGUUGAGCAAGUAGGCGAAGUGCGGUACGACUUAGCGACCGCGCUACUAAUCGCGUGGAUUGUGGUCUACCUGUGUGUUUCCCGUGGAAUUCGUUCAAGUGGGAAGAUCGCGUACUUCUCCGCGACUUUUCCGUACUUCAUCCUAAUGGUGCUGAUAGUUCGCGGGGCGACCUUACCUGGGGCCUACCAAGGGGUGCUGUUCUACCUCAGCCCAGACUUCUCACGUCUGGCAGACCCACAGACUUGGAUUGAUGCUGCAAGCCAGAUCUUCUUCUCGUUGAGUGUUGGACUCGGUGGACUUAUCGUAUUUGGAAGCUACAACAACCGAAGGAACAACUGCGAAGCAGAUGCCAUUACCGUCAGUCUCAUCAACUGUGUGACGAGUUUUGUCGGAGGAUUCGCCACCUUCACCGUACUGGGCUUCAUGGCCCACUCCACUGGACUGGACGUCAAGGAAGUCGUAUCUUCAGGUCCAGGGCUUGCAUUCGUGGCGUAUCCAGAAUCCAUUGCACGGAUGCCAGUGUCCCCUCUUUGGGCUAUUUUAUUCUUUUUCAUGUUAUUUCUGUUGGGAAUCGACAGCCAGUUUGUAUUUAUUGAGACAAUCAUGGGCUGCCUGUGCGAUCAAUUCAGUGUCAUCAAAAGUUACAAGAAAACUUUUCUUGCCAUUCUUUGUACACUCUGUUACCUCAUCGGGCUGUGUUGCGUCACCGAGGGUGGAAUCUACAUGUUCAACAUCUUUGAUAGGCAAGCUGGCGGUUUCUCUCUCAUCUUCAUCUCCAUCUUCGAGUGUCUUGUUGUGGGGUGGUCAUACGGGGUUGAGCGUUUCUGUGAUAAUAUUGAGGAAAUGCUGGGCUGGAGGCCAAAUCUUUACUUCCGCUUGUGCUGGAAAUAUAUCUCACCGACGGUUGUCACGAUCAUUUUUUUCUGGAGCGCCUCCCAGUGGUCCGGUAUUACCUACAACGACUACAAGUACCCUCUGUCCGGGGAACUUAUCGGUUGGGGACUUGCGGCUUCUUCUAUGAGCGCUAUUCCUAUUGGAUUCUUGAUCGUUUUGUACCAAAGCAAAGGGUCUCUGAAAAAUCGAUUUGUUACGGCGUUCACUCCAAACAUCCAAAUCUCGUCAGAAGUGUGGGAAUUCGAUCUGCGUCGUCGACUCAACAUGGUGUUUGGCAAACCUCUCCUCAAAGACAUCGUCAGCGAAUCCUUGUCUCUACAAUGCGUCGCGACACCUGAAGGCCAGAUACAGAAGCUGAAGCGACUCAACCGGGACAAAAACCAAAAGGAGAGUAAAAGUAUUCCGUCAUCAUGGAUCAGGGGACUCAACCUUCCCCCCGAGGCCUGUGAAGUCUAGAUGUGUGUCGCUCCCAUAUGUUAUGGCACUUGAUAUGAAAAGAAAAAGAAUCUCGUGUACCUUCUCUUAUUUGACAAAAACUCUAACCCCAAAUCCUUGUGUUUUUAAAUGGUUAAAACCAUGUGAUUUCUAGUAACACAAACCAAAAAAUAAAGAUGAUUUAAAACCACAAA